GUGGGCGGAGCUGAAGAGGGCUCGCUCCUCUCUUCCACCUACUUCGUAGGGCAGUAGCUCCUCGCCGGGUGCAAGGGCUGCUGGGAGUGGAGCCUCUGGGGUCUCAGAGAGGGGGGGCGCCAGGCGGCCGCCAUUUUGGAUUGCGAACCCGUCAGCGGACUCGUCGCGGGGGAAGUGCAGCUGCCAAGCCGGCAGAGGUGACAGUAAUCACUUAACGAGCAGCCGGGAAGCAACAACUGAGCGCAGAACCUGGCCUCUCGAUGGAUGCCAUGGCAAGCCCAGGGAAGGAUAACUACAGAAUGAAAAGUUACAAGAAUAAGGCAUUAAAUCCUCAAGAAAUGCGUAGACGAAGAGAAGAGGAAGGAAUACAACUUCGAAAGCAAAAAAGGGAAGAACAGUUAUUCAAACGUAGAAAUGUAUCCCUUCCAAUAAAUGAUGACUCUAUGCUUGAAAGUCCCAUUCAGGAUCCAGAUAUCAGCUCUACUGUACCUGUUCCUGAGGAAGAAGUUAUUACUGCUGAUAUGGUGCAGAUGAUUUUCUCUGAUGAUGCUGACCAACAGCUUACAGCAACACAAAAGUUUCGAAAGCUGCUUUCUAAAGAACCUAACCCACCUAUAGAUGAAGUUAUACAAAAACCAGGAGUUGUACAGAGAUUUGUGAAGUUUCUUGAAAGAAAUGAAAAUUGUACUUUGCAGUUUGAAGCUGCAUGGGCUUUAACUAAUAUAGCAUCUGGAACAUUUCUACACACCAAAGUGGUAAUUGAAACUGGAGCUGUUCCAAUUUUUAUCAAACUCCUCAAUUCGGAACAUGAAGAUGUACAGGAACAGGCAGUAUGGGCACUUGGUAAUAUUGCUGGUGAUAAUGCAGAAUGCAGAGACUUUGUUCUGAAUUGUGGAAUUCUUCCCCCUCUUUUAGAGAAGCUGUGUCCUCUUUCUGAUUGGCCUGACAGUUCGACCUUUGGACCUCCCCUGACAGUCCCCACUGGUGGAUAUUUCGAAAAAGGAGGUGGACUUAGAGACCUCAACUCCUCCCUCAUUACUUCAUCACAGGGGAGAUUACUGACAAAUUCAAACAGACUUACAACAACUCGAAAUGCUGUAUGGGCACUCUCAAAUUUAUGUAGAGGCAAGAACCCACCUCCAGAUUUCAGUAAGGUGUCACCUUGCUUAAAUGUCCUGUCAAGAUUAUUAUUUAGCAGUGACCCAGAUGUAUUAGCAGAUGCUUGUUGGGCCCUUUCUUAUCUUUCUGAUGGACCCAAUGACAAAAUCCAAGCAGUCAUUGACUCUGGAGUCUGUCGAAGAUUGGUGGAACUUUUGAUGCACAAUGAUUAUAAAGUGGUAUCACCUGCAUUAAGAGCUGUUGGUAAUAUUGUGACAGGGGAUGAUAUUCAAACACAGGUAAUUCUGAAUUGUUCUGCUUUACCCUGCCUCUUACAUUUACUGAGUAGUCCAAAAGAAUCAAUUAGAAAAGAGGCUUGCUGGACUGUAUCUAACAUUACAGCAGGAAAUAGAGCACAGAUUCAGGCUGUCAUAGAUGCAAAUAUCUUUCCUGUGUUGAUUGAAAUUCUUCAGAAAGCUGAAUUUCGUACCAGAAAAGAGGCAGCAUGGGCCAUAACCAAUGCAACAUCUGGAGGCACUCCAGAACAGAUACGGUAUCUGGUAGCAUUAGGCUGUAUUAAACCUCUCUGUGACCUUUUGACUGUGAUGGAUUCCAAAAUAGUCCAGGUGGCUUUAAAUGGCCUUGAAAAUAUUUUACGACUCGGAGAGCAAGAAUCUAGACAAAAUGAAAUGAACAUCAAUCCAUACUGUGCUCUCAUUGAAGAAGCAUAUGGUCUGGAUAAAAUUGAGUUUCUUCAAAGCCAUGAAAAUCAAGAGAUCUACCAAAAGGCUUUUGAUCUAAUUGAACACUACUUUGGGGUGGAAGAUGAAGAUGCCAACAUUGUCCCUCAGGUGGAUGAAAACCAGCAACAAUUUGUUUUCCAACAGCAGGAAGCACCAAUGGAAGGAUUUCAGUUAUAAGUAGCUAAGUGAAAAGAAGCAUAAUGUUAAAUGUUGGCUUCACAUGGCUCCUCUUUUUGGCCAGUCAGAAAGUUAGAUGUGGUUUUAGAGAGGACAAAAAUGAAGCAGCUGAUGCACUUUUUAAAAAACAAAAAAUUCUGUUUAGAAGUACCUCUCUUCAUUUAUAGCUUUUGUCUUUUGUAUUUAUAUAUUUUAUUGUUAGAUUUUUUGUAACUGACUUGUGAGUUAAGUGUGCAUUAAAUAUAUAAUUUAAUAACUUGAGCUUGAAAGGGAGAACCUUAGUAAAGUAUUAAAUAGUGGUUCUGAAUUUUUUCAGGCAUUCUUUGCAACUGCAUAUCAGCAGUAACAGCUGUUGACAAUUGCAUUUUGACAUUAAGUCUAAUAUGCCCAGUCUCUUAAAUCUACCUCUGUCCUGAAGCAAAAAUGUCAUUGCUUCAGAACAAAAACAUAAAAUAAAAGACAAAGUAGUCAAAGCUAAAUUAGAAUGUGAAAAUAUUUAUUACUUUAAAUUGUGAAACACUGUGUUGUACAUUAUACUUUGCAGAAAGAAAAAAGUGAACUCUAUUUAUGAAACAUUUAAAAAAAUAUCAUGUGCUGAAAACCAGACUUGUCUUUAAAAGAAGGCAGUUUAAGAAAAGCUGUUCUGCUUUAUGUUGAGCAUACACUACAGUGUUUGCUUUUCUUGAAUAAUUUACUUAUUUCUUUUGGAACAUAUACAAUGUUCAGAGAAUCUUAGAUUCUAGUAGUAUAACUGACCAAAUAUGCUGCCAUUUUUUUGCUGCUCUUUUUUUCCACUUCUUAAUUUUAGACAGUAGUACAUCAUGACAGAUGUUUAGUUAUGAAUGUAAAGUACUACUGCAUAGCAAAAACAAUACAAUAAUUAUUUCUCUGAUUUUUUUCAGAACAGUAAUAGAAAAGUUGUGAUUUUCUUUGUAAUAAUUAAACUACUUGAAUGCCAAAAUUACUUUUAAAGAAGUCAGAUUGUUCUAUAUUAACUUUGGAAAAUGUGUUUAAUGUUAUUUGGGCACUAAAUGACCAAUAUCAAUGGGAAAUGCAAAAUGCUAAGGAUUCUUUACUGUGUUUGAAAUCUAUAUUAGAUUUUAUGGUAUAAUACUCAAACGGUCACAUUGCUGCUUGAUGUAUACUUUAGAUAACUUCAUGAUUCAGUGUUUGAGAUUACUCUUAUUUUAAGCCAUCUUUAAGUAAGAUUUCAUGUAUUGAGAUUAAAAGAAAAAAUCUUCAUAAUAUAAAACUAAUAAAAUCAUGCAUUAUUUACUUUGUGUAAACUUCUUCCCUUGGUACUGUGCUUGAUAGAAAUUUUAAUGCAGAUGUAGUACUAUUGAAUUCAUUAUUUAUAGUUACUAAAUAAUAGCCAGCUAUUUGCAUUUCCAAUUACUAUUUACCUAGAAUAUGUUUUUAAUUGUAGUUUAAAGCUGUUUUAAGAUGGUAUUUGAUGCAGUUUUGAUAAGAUUCUUAGUCAUUUCUGACUAUUAUACAGAAAGAUUUAAUUUGAUAUGUAGCAACAUUUACAGUUUGAUUCCGCUGGAAAUCAGAGGCAUGCUACAAGAAAACAAUGUACACAAGAGUGCUUAUUAAUACUUUGUAAAUUAUAUAUAAUGAAACUAAGCUUUUUAGCAGGACAUUAAAAAUCUACAAAUAUUCAAAAUAUAAGUGGGGUGGGGAUUGACUAGUGUCCAUAAUGCUAGAGUACAUCUGCCAAACUUUUUUAAUAAUGUUACUUAGAGAAUUGUAUUUGUGUCCUUUUUUUGUUACAGUGGAAAUCUGAGAUUUAGAACAAAAAGUAUCUCUUUUGCAUUAUAUUCAAAAGAACAGGGUGAUGACAUUAGAGUACCAAAUUAAUGGUGAAUUUAUCAGAUAAACUUUUUUUUGUUAUAAAAACAGUUCUGAAUAUCAGAUAACAGGGUAUUCCACUGUUUCUAACUUAUUUUGAUAAUGUUGCAUGCAGCAUAAUUCAUAAAUAAAAUAACCAGCUGUGCCUGCUUUUAUUUUGAGGACCCUGUAGACACUGUAAUAAGCCUCUCUAAGCCAAAUCUUUCAAGCAGAAUAAUCCUUGUUGAAGGAAGAAAUAUGUAAUGUCUUUCUUGAGAGGGUUUUUAGUUUCCUGGCAGGUAAAGAAUAAAGAAAGUUUCUAAGCAGUGAAGUGAUUGCACUUUACUCAUUUCAAUACAAACCAUUAUUCCUUAGGUCUUGUUUGAGUAGCAAAGCUAAUUUGAUUGGAUUUGGAUUCAAUGUGUUAAUUUGAAUAAAAGGGGCACUAUCUAGUAGUUUGGGACCAAAGUUUGAAUUAUAUUAAGAAGUAUUAUACAAUAAUGAGUUCUUUAGAUUGAGUGCACAAAUAUCUUAAAAUCUACCACUAUGUCAUAGAAAUUUUUGGAAAGGUGGCCUCUUUCACAAGUUUACAUUUUAAAAUGCCUAGAUCAAUGGUAUCAUUCAUCUUCAAUGAUCCUUGUGGGGAAAAAAAAGUUGUACCAGUCUUGUUUUCCUCCAGUUUACUAUAUCAGAGAUGAAAGGGGGAAAAUGCUUUGCCAAAUGAAUUUUUAGAGUGUAUUGAAGUUAAUUUUAAAUGUUUUUAAAGGGCAUACACACUUGGAAAACAAACCAAAAACUGGGAAAAAAGUACUUGAAAGUGCCCCCUUUUAUUCAUUUAAUCAAUUAUACUAUUCUGUUUGAAUUUAAAUUUUAACUAGUUAAUCUAUGCAAUUAUGCAAAUUGGCUUGUUUCCUUAUGUACUUGAUACACUGAUCAUAACUAGUUUUCUACUAAAGUUUUUCAUUAUCACAUUUGUUUCCUUUUAAGAAUUAAUAUUUAAUUUUGUAGUACCGUAUUUUAUUUAUAUGCUGUUGCUGAUAGCAACCAGAAAGCAGAAAAUAAAAUAAAAAUAGUAAUUAAAACGUUGGCACAAAAGUUAACUCAUCUUUAACUGUAGAACAUAUUUGCAGUUGGAGGAUGAUCUGUUUGGUUAGAUAAAGGACUAAAAGAAGCAUUGCUCCUUUUCCUUCAUGCUAUUUCUUUUCUCAUUUAAGAAUAAGCACUUAGGGAAAAAUGACAGAUUUAGUGUGAUUAAAAAAAAAUUCAAACUAAUCUUUAAAGUACUUACUGCUUACUUGUGAAACUGUGAAAUUAAAAUAAACAUUGGUACUGUUAGCAAAAUAACCUUUACUUGUUUUAGUUCGUGGCAUUAUUGUUUUAUGUAAUGUGUGAAACUUAAAAGCCUGCGUUAAUAGGGCUUUAAUGGGGGGGAUAGUGCAUCUUUGAAUCCUGAUUUGGGAGUGGGAUGGGGGUGGGGGAGAGGUAUGGGUAAUAUAUGUAACUAAACCAACACAUGAGCAGUAUGCAAUAUUAUGGAAUGUUACAACACACUACAUAUUAAAGUAAUAAAAAUGUUAUUUUACA